GCCAAAGGGGAGGAAGAAGAUGAAGCGAAUCAGAGCCGUUCCUCCGUUUAGGAAACAAAAGCGAGAAAAAGGAGAAUAAAUACUUCUUCUUCUUCUUCGAAUAUGUGGAGGCUUACUCGAUCGGCAGCGUCUAAUCUCCGCCGUUCACGAUGUUUCUCCACCGCCAUUCCUGGUCCGUGUAUUGUUCACAAGCGUGGAGCUGAUAUUCUUCACGAUCCGUGGUUUAACAAGGAUACUGGUUUCCCUUUGACGGAAAGAGAUCGUCUCGGGCUUCGUGGUCUUCUCCCACCACGAGUAAUAUCAUUUGAGCAGCAACAUGCACGAUUUAUGGAGUCAUACAAGUCCUUAGAAAAGAAUACUCAGGGACAACCAGAUGGCAUUGUUUCUUUAGCUAAAUGGAGGAUUUUGAAUAGACUACAUGACAGGAAUGAGACACUCUAUUACCGAGUGCUUAUUGAUCACAUUGAAGAUUUUGCACCAAUAAUAUACACACCAACUGUUGGAUUGGUGUGUCAAAACUACUCAGGAUUGUUUAGACGUCCAAGGGGAAUGUAUUUUAGUGCUAAAGAUAAAGGAGAGAUGAUGUCCAUGAUAUAUAACUGGCCUUCUACUCAGGUUGACAUGAUUGUGCUUACAGAUGGAAGUCGUAUUCUUGGUUUGGGGGACCUAGGCGUUCAGGGAAUUGGAAUACCAAUUGGGAAACUUGAUAUGUAUGUUGCUGCUGCGGGAAUUAAUCCACAGAGAAUCCUCCCUGUUAUGCUUGAUGUUGGGACCAACAACCAAAAGCUUCUUGAAGAUCCUCUCUAUUUAGGCGUACGGCAACCCAGACUAGAAGGAGAAGAAUAUCUUGAAAUAGUUGAUGAAUUUAUGGAAGCAGUUCAUGCGCGUUGGCCAAAGGCUGUUGUGCAGUUUGAAGACUUUCAGAUGAAGUGGGCUUUUGAAACACUGCAGCGAUACCGAAAAAAAUGUUGUAUGUUCAAUGAUGACAUACAGGGAACUGCUGGUGUUGCGCUUGCAGGACUACUUGGAACUGUAAGAGCUCAAGGUCGACCAUUGAGUGACUUUGUUAAUCAAAAGAUCAUUGUUGUUGGAGCUGGAAGUGCAGGGCUUGGCGUUCUUAACAUGGCUUUGCAGGCUGUUUCAAGAAUGUCUGGAAGUUCUGCAAAUCCUCAGUUUUUCCUGCUCGAUAAAGAUGGUCUUAUCACCAAGGGGAGAAAGAAUAUUGAUCCAGCAGCUGCACGACUUGUUAAAACCUCCGCAGAAAUAGAAGGAUUGGGACUUACGGAUGGAGCUAGCGUCCUUGAAGUGGUUAAAAAGGUGAAGCCUCAUGUGCUCCUUGGUUUGUCUGGGGUUGGUGGCAUCUUUAAUGAAGAGGUGCUCAAGGCCAUGCAGCAAUCCGAUUCUAAAAAGCCUGCCAUUUUUGCUAUGUCAAAUCCCACAAACAAUGCUGAAUGCACUGCUAUUGAUGCUUUUAAGCAUGCGGGUGGAAACAUAGUAUUCGCAAGUGGGAGCCCUUUUGAUCAUGUUGACCUUGGCAAUGGAAAAGUAGGCCAUGUAAAUCAAGCAAACAAUAUGUACCUGUUCCCUGGGAUUGGGUUGGGAGCUCUUCUUUCAGGUGCUCGCUUUAUUUCGGAUGGAAUGUUGCAAGCAGCUUCUGAACGCCUUGCUUCAUACAUGACUGAUGAAGAAAUUCAAAAGGGCAUUUUGUUUCCUUCUAUUAAAAGUAUUCGGCACAUAACUGCCGAAGUUGGAGUGGCUGUAGUUCAGACAGCUAUUUCUGAAGAUCUGGCAGAAGGACAUGGUGAAGUCGGAGCCAAGGAGCUCACUCAUAUGUCAAAGGAGGAGAUAGUUGAAUAUGUGACCAACAACAUGUGGUUUCCCAUCUACAGCCCUCUUGUUCAUGAGAAAUGAGAUGCCUCAAUUUGGUUUCUUAUUUUCUCACUUAAAGCUGAUUCAACAAAUUUGCUCACUUAGUGGACAUAACUAUUAGUUGGGAAUAAGUUCUUUAACAUAUUUUAUACUCUUUACUUGCCAUUUUGAUGAAGUUUUGAAUUUUAUAAGUUAAACAAGUCUUACAUUUUAUAUGAACUUGUGUUUGAUUUGUAAUUUAUAUAUAUUUUGGGUGGUGAUUAAGGUUAGAUAUUGGAUUUCCCAUGGAAUGAAUGUUUGACAAGUGUAUCAAUCACUUUGUAAAUUGUUUAUCUGUAUUUGUAAUUGUUGUUAAUUAUUGAAGCC